GUUCUUUCACCCGGAUCGGUUUGGUGCUGUUGCUAUAGAGCAAAUGCCAACGGUACACGACGGAACCUUUUUUUUUUCUCUUCUCGGUGGCCAUUAGUGAAGUGUAAUCCUGUCCUACUUAUGCGGGGCGUCGCGAAAUUUGUCGAUUUUUACGCGUAAUCGAUAGCCAUCGGUUUGCGAGUUGUAGGUAGAACGAAUACGUUUUCGUGUGCCAGCCUUUGGAAGUGGAUUUUGUUCAAAGUUUUGUGUUGCGUAUAGAGGUGAAGCUAGGUGGAAAAAGAAUUUUAGGGUGGGGAAUAAAAAUGUCUUGCUGCAGGUGAUUUCCGACAUGGUUCUCGUGACCAAUGGAAGUCGAUCCAGCGGCAGGUAUUUAGAUUUGUAGUGUGUUGUCCGGAAUGUAAUGAUCAUUGCCGCCAAUCAGCGUUCCGUCUGGUUGUGUAACAAUGGAGGAAAUUGAAUAAAUUUUCUCGUAUAUUUUGGAGGAGGAUGCUCGGUUUGGCCAAGCUGAAACGCUAGUGUUUGUAACGAUAGUUCCUGACCCCGCGGAACGACCCGACUUGGAGCGAUGGCGCCGACUGAAAACCGAAAAGAAGAAACUGAGUGAAUUUAUGUUACACACGUAGUUAAGCGAAAUGCGAUAGUGUCAAGUGGAAAUGAGCAGAAAGUACAUGCGUCAUCAGAAGUGCAUAUCAGCAGCAGCAUGCAGUCGAAAUCAGCAACGACGACGGCGACGGCCGCCAGCAGCAGUAGCAGCAGCAACGAAUAAGUGGCCGCGAGUGAGCAGCAGAAUUUUGACUCAACUGUGAUAGUAGUGUGAGCACACCGGGUGCGACCGGGAGAUAGUUUGAUUUGAUAGUGAAGAGCGAAAGCGAGUUUUGAAAGUUUGGGUUUCAAGUAUCGAAGAUUGUGCACUACUGUGGAUUAACGGAGAACAGAAACAGCAGAAGACUGCACCGCCGGCAAGAUGACGGUGGAUUUUAACGACUAUUUUUGGUAAAUUAUAUGUGUACUUAUCCAAAAGAUCAAAGUGGCAAAAACACAACCAAAAUAACUUGUGUGAACUUUCAGUAUAAUAACAGUGGAAUUAAAAAAGAAUUCGUAGAAGAAAACAUGGAUGCCAUAAAAAUAUUGGUCCAAAAUCUAGACGAGCGACUCGAUGCGUGCUUCGUGAAGGGUUUGUUCAGUCCCUACGGACAAGUAUUAGGAGUUGAGCAACAUCGCCUCUUCGCCUUCGUUUACAUGGCCGACAAAAAGCAAGCCAAACGAGCCUUCGGUCAGCUGGAAGGUCGUGUCAUUUAUGGAAAAUGUUUGAAAUUACAAUAUGUCAGCCAAAAACAUAUCAACGUUCCGCUGGAGCCGAAAGCUGCAGGUUUGCCGCAGUCGUCCGCGAUUCCAACCACGGCUCGGUGGAGAUUUUUCAUACGAAACGUCGGCCACAAUGUGUCGUUCGAUCGAAUUUUGGAGCUUUUCGAACCGCACGGUACGGUUAUCAAUUGCUACAGACAGCCACAGACAACGUACGGCUAUGUUGAGCUGGAAACGUGCUGCAACAACAAACUUUUGGCCCAAGAACUCAACGGAACCAUAGUUGAGGGUCAUCGCAUCAAAGUCACCGUUUCCAGCGAAGUUUUCUCCCACACAAUUCAGCAAGCUGCAGCGAAGGCGACCGAAGCAGACGCGGAUGAUACGGGCGACAAAAACAAUGGCUACGAGGUGCUGUACCAGAACAUGAAAUAUGGCCUCUCGGCAACCAAAGAACUGGCGGAAUACUUCCGCGAGCGGUCCAACCUGGAGGAGUACAACUCGAAGCUGCUGGCCAAGCUAGCGAACAAAGCCGGUUCCAGCGGGGGUGGCACAUUUUCUCCGCUCUGGAUUAUCCUCAAGUCCACGACCGAGCGGCUGUCGGAGCUGCACUCGGCCAAGGUGCAGAAGCUGAGCGAUUUAGUUAAGAACAUCAACAAAUACGCAGAGGAACUGCACAAGAAGCACAAAACGGUCAAGGAGGAGGAAUCCAGCACUCAGGAUGCGGUUCAGGCCAUGAAGGAAUCUACCGUGGCUGUGGGGAAAGCGAAGGAUGUCUACAAUACUCGGUUGCAGGAGCUGGAGAAGGCUCGCAAGGACAAUUCGGCCAAAGAGAUCGAAAAGUCCGAGGCCAAGCUGCGCAAACAGCAGGACGACUAUAAGGCACUGGUUGAGAAGCACAAUAUCGUCAAGCAGGAGUUUGAGAAGAAAAUGACAAUAACUUGCAAGCGCUUUCAGGAAAUCGAGGAGGCCCACCUGAAACAGAUGAAAGAAUUCCUCUCCUCCUACAUGGAAAUAGUUCAAAACAAUUUCGAUCUGGUUGGACAGGUCCACUCUGAUUUGAAACGCCAAUUUCUAGAGCUAACGGUCGACAAGCUGCUGGAGCAGUUUGUCCUCAACAAGUACACCGGUCUGGAGAAGCCAGAGUUCAUAGAGCUUGAUUUGGUGAACUUGUCCGGUGGCUCCCUAACAACUAAUAGCCAGUUGCUAAUAAACACAUCAAGCCCGAAUGCCAAUUCAAGUGGCUCGACGGUAGGAUUAGCCGGAGGAUCGAUAGCGGACUCGCCAGCCCUCUCGACGACCAGUUCCUCCCAACCGGUUCCUAUCGCGAAGAAGGAAAGCAACCUGAGAAGUUGGUUCACAUCCAGUUCCAGCGCAGCAGUGCCAACAAACUCACCGGUGAAUCAGCCAACCUCGCCGGCUCCGUCCACUGGAGCACGAGGCAGCCUGCUGGAUGCCCUGGGAGGUAGCACGGACCGACCGCUGUCUCCGGUAUCUGUGACGGCGGCAACGGUAACGGUACCGGGAGACUCGUCUGCUUCCAGUUCGGCCCAAAGUACGGCUAAGACAAGUAAAUCUUUUUACGCCGACUUUCUAAACAAAACUAAUCACAAUCAGCAACAGCCACCACAAAACAAGCAACAGCAAACGCCGCAAAUGAAACAGGAACAAGAAUCGCAUCAACAACAUCAACAACAAAAAUCUUCCCGCCGCACUACCUCCCUUCUAAAUCUCUUCAUGUCUAACUCCCAGGGAAGUCGCGAAAGUCGCGAUUCAACCACGAGCGGUGGUGCCGAUUCCGUAUCUACCAGUACGGCAGGUGGAAUGGCCAUUUCCGCGCCGACGAGUCCGAACGAUGUCCACAACGGUAACCAUAACAACAGCAACAACAACAACGGCGGAGGCGGCGGUAACAAUGGAAUAGCGAGUUCUUUCAUUGGCAGGAAUCCGCUCCUCAGGGGAUCCAAAUUUUCCGGCUUUUUGCGGAGUCGCCGAGAGAAGGCCAAAUCGAAGAAGACCAAAAAGAAAAAAGAUUCGGUAGAAAAUGCCAGUGCCAAAGAUGAGAAAAUCUCCGACGCCGAGGAAAAAGACGAUGCUGUGAAAAUGGCAGACGCCGCUAGCAAUUUACAGACCACGUCUGCGGUCAGCACGGGCAACGUCGCGCCGACGGCAACACCCGAGGUGGAUGAGGACGGGUAUAGCAUACAACCACGUGAUGCCACGUGGGAUAGUGGCACCAUCACGGAGAAAAGUAAUAACUUCUACUCCAGCUCGGACAGUGAUAGUGAGGACGAACGAGGGGAACGAAAGAUUCACGUUGAGAUCAAACCACUGAAUAAUGGGGCGGCCCCGAUCUCUGCCAGCGUGGACGAGCUACGGGCGACUGUGGAAAAUCUGUCACUUUCGCCCAUUGGUGCACUCUCGGGGCAUCACUACCACUCGUCGUCAGUUUCGUCCUCGCACCACCCGACUAAUCAUGGCCAUAGCCAGCAGCAACUCGGAAGCGCUAGCCAAUCGGCUGGCUUGCUAAACAACCAUACACAUCUCACUAGUCCAAACGCUUCAAACGCUUCCACACCGACAGCGGUACAUCCGUACGCACCGCUGCAGAGCCCCACGCUAUCCAUGACCACCGCUUCCAACAACCGUUACGCGGAUCUUGGGGACAUCUUUUCCGAGGUCGGAGACAUUAGCGCCUCGGCGCCCGCUUCGGCCAACCUAUCGAAAUUGACGCAACGACAAAUUCCUACGCCAACAUCCGCUGGUGGUAGUAGCAUAGCAAUACCGAGGCCACCAUCCCGACGAUCGGAAGCUGCUGUUCGAGGUAGGAUAAGUCCUGCUUCGCAGAUUGCCCGCGCCGACAGCGUCGGUAGUCUGGAAUUCCGCAGUCCAAGCGUGGGAAUCGGAUCAUCGCGGGGACCAUCGCCAUUAACGAUCGGCAUGUCCGACACAAUACCCCUCGCUGUUGCAUUCCACGAAAUCAUUCACGCUUACUUCAGGGGUUCCGAUGAAACCCGUUGCCAGGUUAAAAUGUCCGGCGAUAUGAUGCUUUCCUUCCCGGCGGGCAUUGUGAACGUUCUAGCCAACAACCCUAACCCGGCAAAGCUGGCCUUCCGAGUCAAAAACUUGCAGAAUCUAGAAAAUUUCCUGCCAAACAAGCAGCUAAUUACUAUCGACAAGCUGCAAUCGACCGCCUUCAGCACAACGUUGGAAUUCAACAUGCCAGUAUUAACGUCAAUCCUGCGGCGGCAGUCGGAACAGAACCCAACCGCCCCCUACUUCAAUGUUGAUAUUCUAAAGUACCAGAUCAAAGCGAAACCGGGGGCCUCCUCGUGUCCAUUCCAGCUGGUUUCCUACUGGAAGUGCGAACAAAAACAUACGGACAUCAAAAUCGACUACAAGUACAAUAGCCACGCGAUGGCCGUCGCUUCGCCACUGCUCAACGUGUCGAUAUCGGUCCCGGUGGACGGGAGCGUCAAAAACGUACAAUCGAAACCACAUUCCGCAUGGCAGGGCGAAUCUAACCGGCUUGUGUGGAAUUUUACCGACAUAUCGCAGCACUCGGACAACGGAGGUGUGGACACGUUACGGGCACGACUUGAGGUCGGUUCGGGACCCUCGAAUCCGGCUAUUAUUUCCACCCAGUUCAACUGCGAGGGCACCACAUUGUCCGGUAUCGAGUUCGAGCUGGUUGGAACGGGAUACAGACUGUCAUUGGUUAAGAGACGCUUCGUUUCGGGCAAGUACAUUUGCGAAGCGGACGGCGUACGGGGCCUGAAAACACCGACACCUCCGAACGCGGGUAUCCUUUCUCCCAGUCCGUACAGUACCAAAUCGGCCGGGUCCGGCGGUUCGGGAUAGCAAAAGCUUUACUUCUACGACUAGAAAUGACCACAGCGCAGUAGUGGACACCACUGCUGCUAAAAGGCUUUACCGCCGUUACCGUUGGUGUGAUAAAUGUGAUUGUUGUACCCCCCGCAAUGCUUUCAAAUGGCAGAAGGAAUCGACUGGACCGGAAUAUCGAAUCAUAGAAUUACUGUGGUAGAACUAUUUAACUAUUUAACUAUUUAGUACUAUUGCAUAGUACUAGCGGGUAAACAGGCGCAAACGCAAGAGAGGGAGAGCCGUUGUUCAUCAGCUGUUUGUUUAGUUUUACUCUCAUGUUCCUUGGAAGGAACCAAAUGUUGCCUUUUUCAAUACAAUUGUAGGAAAAAAUCCUGUUUAUUAUAUAGAUCAGAAGAGCUUCUAGCUAGAAGGAAACACAGUUCUUUACUCUAGAUUUCCUUGUAAAUACUCAACAUCUACUAGGAUUGCGGUAUGAUUUUUGAAAACUUCUCACAGUAUGUAUCACUAACCGAAACAUUUCCAAGCUUCUUCAGUGAACUAACUCAACUCGUGUACAUAAAAAAAGAACUAAACAUUACUGUUACAGUUGCCGUAGGUUAGGAAAAGCGAUCGUAGCAGAAGUAGCAAACAAGUGUUACUAAAAGCGAAUCAAAUGAAAGUAUUAUUCCCUGUUGUUACAAUUGAUACAUCUAGCAACAUUGAGGUAACGUCACGAUUCAGUUCGCAUUUUGGGAAAUUUUGGUGUGAAGCAAUCCUUAUAUACAUAUAUAGAGAUAUAGACAGAAAACAAAACAUGAUAGCACAGUCGAACUGAAAAUGGUUAAAUAUUUAAGCGCGAUAAUAGUAUGCAAUGCAACAAAACACAUUCACAACUAAGAAUUCUAUCAGAAAUAUAUGUUAAACAUAUAUAAUAAAUGAAAAAUCUCACGAAUACUAACCACAGACAGCAGAGAUAGGCGAGAAAAAGGAACUUAUUCGUAGAUGAUAAGUUUUAGCUAAAUAACUAACGCAUACAACACAACAGUUAAAUGUAAUUUUGAGACCAUUGAAAUUAAAACGAAACUAAGAGCAUAUAUAGUAAA